AAACUGGAAGAAGACAGAAAAUAGGUUAUACAGUAGGCGCAUAUUUGGCACCAGCUGAGGCCUCGUCGUGCCCCGUAUUCUCAUUUCUUCGCCGUAUUUUCUCUCUCCGGCUCAAGAGUCCGGAGGAAGUAGAGAGAAACUCGAAGAGGAAUUAGAGAAAGUUGUCAAUCAUAUGAUUUCUCAGAAGUACCUGAAGCUAAGUGUUGCUUGGGCUAAGGAUACCAGCUCAUAGUGCUCACCCUUUUGCGGGAAAUGGAGGAUCAUCCAGUCCAUCCCAUGUCUAAGUCCAACCAUGGCUUCUUGUCAGGAAAUGGCUAUCAGAUGAAGCAAUUAGGUCAUAAAAUCCACAAUAGGGACUCAUCUUCAGAGUCCGAUCAGUCUCACCAAGAAGCAUCCGCAGUGAGUGAGAGCAGUCUAAAUGAACAACACACCUCAACACAAUCUGACAAUGAUGAUGGUCAUGGGAAGCAUAAUCAGGACACAGUGAAGUCAGUAGUGUCAUUGGGGGAACAAGGAUCGGCCUUUUUGGCCCCAAAACUAGAUUACAGCCCAUCUUUUGCUUGUAUUCCUUGCACCGCUGAUGCUUAUUAUGGUGGGGUUUUGACAGGAUAUCCCCCACAUGCCAUUGUUCAUCCCCAGCAAAAUGAUACAACAUACUCUCGGGUUCCGUUGACUGUUGAACCUGUGGCAGAAGAGCCAAUAUUUGUUAACGCAAAGCAAUACCAUGCAAUCCUUAGGAGGAGGCAGAUACGUGCUAAAUUGGAGGCCCAAAAUAAGCUGGUGAAAGGUCGGAAGCCAUACCUUCAUGAAUCUCGACACCGGCACGCCAUGAAGCGGGCUCGUGGAUCAGGAGGGAGGUUCCUCAACUCAAAGCAGCUCCAGGAGCAGAACCAGCAGCAUCAGGCAUCAGGUGGUUCAAGCUGCACAAAGGCCAUCGGCAAUAACAUGAGCUCCCAGAGUGGCUUCACUCGCACGCCUUCGACAACCUCUUCCCCUGACACCCCAAGUGCUUUGAGGGCAAACCAGGAGCGCAUUUGCUUCCCCUCGGCUGGCUUCCGUCCCACGAUGAACUUCAGCGCACAAGGUGGAGGAGACGCAAAGCUUGCAAAUGGCAUGCAGCAGCGUGUUUCCUUCAUCAGGUGAAGAAAGUGAAGUGGGGCACAGCACCACCACCUGGUUCACUGCCUGUGGCAACUCAUCCUUGGCUUAUGAAAUUAUGAAUAUGUAAUGGACAUGUAGCUUUAAUCUCAGAAUUACCAAAGAUAUGCGAGUCCUUUUAAGUUUCCUGUAGUUAAAAGAACUGAUUGGUUAUGCGUUUGUUUCCGGAGACUGAAAUCCGUACUUGAAUUACUACCUUGUACCGAGUUCUGAGGUGAAGACCUGGAAACUUGCUCUUGUGGUAGGUUCAGUACCUGUUGCUUUUGUAUCUGCUAGGUUGGCUCUGCAAUUUCCAAUAUCUGAUUUCUAGUAUGCUUUUGAUUCUACCCGCUGGUUUUU